GCUGCCGUAGCUGCUACAGUUCAGCCCGCACCCUGGGCUUGUCACAGCGCUGUUUCAGGAGCCAGGACACGCCGCCACUGGAAUCCCUAAAUCCACCAGCCAUCACCGUGCUCCCCACAGCUCGCCUGCACUUGAGCUGUUGGGACCCCAGACCGCCAGCCAGCUGAGCAAGUUUGCAGGAAGGUGACCCCGGCCAGCCACACCGCCUUCUCUGUCAGGGUCUCAUCGAGGCUCCCUGCAACUUCCUCACCCCCCACCCCACGACGCCUUCAGCGGACUGGCUGGAGGACCACGAACAGAACAGGGGUGAAGUCCCCAAGUCCCCGUGGGGACUUUUUUUCCUUGCAUUCGCCCCACCCCGUCAGCCACCUUUGUCUGUCCCACUCAGGCUUGGCGGGACCUCUACACUCCGGGAAGAUGAGUGGCACAGAGAAGGAUCCGGAUUUGGGCCAAAGCGGGGACCCGGGUCCUGAGCCCGAGGAGUGCCCCCAGGUCGAGUUUGACUUCUCCAUCCUAUUCGAUUAUGAUUAUAUGAACCCUGUAGAAGAAGAACCGACUCCACAUAAUAUCGUCAGCCCACCCUCUGGAUGUCCUGAUGAUGUCCUGGAUUAUGGCCUCAAGCCAUUCACCCCCCCUCCUAGUAACUCUGCAGAUCCCAUGGGCAAAUACGGACAGCCAGAUAGCAUAGGGUCAAAAUGCUACCUAGACCCUGCAAAGCCUGUAGGGCCCUCGGCUUUGAGUCCUAGGAUCGAGAUCACUCCAUCCGAACUGUCGGGUGGGUCCUUCCGCAUCAGAGACACAGAUCUUUUGGUAGAGCAUCAGCCCAACUCCGCUACUGCUAGCCCAAGGUUUACUCUGCCGGUCCCUGGCUUUGAGGGCUACCGGGAUCCGCCUUGCUUGAGCCCCGCUAGUAGCGGCUCGUCGGCAAGUUUCAUUUCAGAGACCAAUUUCUCUCCCUACACAUCACCGUGUGUCUCGCCCAAUAAUGGCCCUAGUGACGACCUUUGUCCACAAUUACAAAACAUCCAUACUCAUUAUUCUCCUAGAACCUCUCCAAUAAUGUCACCACGAACAAGCAUCACAGAGGAAACCUACUUGGGACGACACUCACCCUCGCCCCGUCCCAACUCCAGGUCUUCAUCACCCGGUGCGAAGCGAAGGUACUCUUGUGCUGAGCUCUUCACUACUCAGCUGCCCUCGGCCUCUCCACACCAGUCUAGGACCCCCUCUCCACAAGCCUUGCCCAACGUCUCGCUGAGGGAAGACGGACCUUCAGUCACUUGCACCCAGUUGCCCAACUCCACCAUUCUUAUGGACACCAUGAGCAAUCUCACCACAGAUCCCCCUUGUGGCAUCCCCUCCAAGAUGUGGAAAACCAGCCCUGACCCAUCUCCAGUUCCCUCCCAAAAACCCAGCAUGCAACGGCACUCCAUCUAUCCGAAUGUAGAUUAUCUCGGCUCUUGUGAGCAGGAGGAGAGAAGAAACUCAGCUCCCGAGUCGAUUUUAUUGGUGCCUCCAACUUGGCCAAAGCAACUGGUUCCUGCCAUUCCUAUCUGCAGCAUUCCAGUGACUGCAUCCCUUCCACCUCUUGAGUGGCCUCUUUCUAAUCAGUCAGGGUCAUAUGAACUACGUAUCGAAGUACAGCCAAAGCCCCAUCAUCGGGCACACUAUGAGACAGAGGGAAGUCGUGGGGCUGUCAAAGCUCCCACAGGAGGUCAUCCUGUGGUCCAGCUUCAUGGUUACAUGGAGAACAAACCCCUGGGCCUUCAGAUCUUCAUUGGGACAGCAGAUGAAAGGAUACUUAAGCCGCAUGCUUUCUAUCAAGUCCACCGGAUCACAGGGAAAACAGUCACCACAACUAGCUAUGAGAAAAUUGUGGGCAACACCAAAGUGCUGGAAAUCCCACUGGAACCAAAAAACAACAUGAAAGCAACCAUCGACUGUGCUGGAAUCCUGAAGCUUAGGAAUGCAGAUAUUGAGCUGCGAAAAGGAGAGACAGACAUUGGGAGAAAGAACACAAGAGUGCGCCUAGUUUUCCGUGUGCAUAUCCCAGAAUCCAGUGGGAGGAUUGUCUCUCUGCAAGCUGCAUCUAAUCCUAUUGAAUGCUCCCAAAGAUCUGCACAUGAGCUGCCCAUGGUAGAAAGGCAAGACAUUGAUAGCUGCCUCGUUUAUGGAGGACAACAGAUGAUCCUCACUGGCCAGAAUUUUACAGCAGAAUCUAAAGUUGUAUUUACUGAAAAGACAACAGAUGGGCAACAAAUUUGGGAGAUGGAAGCCACAGUGGAUAAAGAUAAGAGCCAGCCUAGUAUGCUUUUUGUUGAAAUACCUGAGUAUCGAAACAAGCAUAUCCGCACACCUGUGAAGGUGAACUUCUAUGUCAUCAAUGGGAAAAGAAAAAGAAGCCAACCUCAACAUUUUACUUAUCAUCCAGUUCCAUCCAUCAAAACAGAACCCAUUGAUGAAUAUGAUCCUGCCUUAAUCUGCAAUACAGUGCACAGUGCCUUGGGAACAGUGACACAGCCUUACUAUUCACAGCACACAAUGGUCACUGAGUCCCCUUCCUGCCUUGUGGCCACUAUGGCAUCAUGCCAACAGUUCCGCUCAGGUUUAUCUUCUCCUGACUCUCGGUACCAACAACAGAAUUCAACAGCUGUAAUAUACCAGAGGAGCAAGAGCUUGAGCCCCAGUCUCUUGGGCUACCAGCAGCCCACUUUGAUGGCCUCAUCCAUCUCCAUUUCAGAUGCCCACCGAUCAGUGCUCAUGCAUGCUGGCUCUCCAGGCCAGAAUUCAGCUCUGCUCCACCACUCUCCAACCAAUCAGCAGUCUUCUCCAGUGAUUCACUAUUCUCCAACCAAUCAGCAGGUGAGGUGUGGAACCCACCAAGAAUUCCAACACAUCAUGUGCUGUGAAAAUUUUACAUCCAGUGCUGCCCGUCCCAAUCCACCCCAAGUCAGUCAAGCACAGAGAAUAAGUCCAAGCUCCUAUCCUACAGUAAUUCAACAACAGAAUGCUACAACUCAACGAGCUGCUAAAAAUGGACCACCAGUUAAUGACCAAAAGGAAGUAUUACCAGCAGGAGUGACUAUUAAGCAGGAACAGAACCUGGACCAGGCCUAUUUGGACGAUGAGCUGAUAGAUACACACCUUAGCUGGAUACAAAACAUAAUAUGAAACAGAAUGACUGUGAUCUUUGAUACAAGAAUUCAAAGUUAAAGUUAAUGAAAUUAUCAGGAAGGAAUUUUCUGGAUUUCCUGCCAAAAAUCAGACGUAGAAGAAGUGAUUAGCAAGACAACAUUUAUUGAAUGCUUCCGUAACUGGCCUCUUGGACCCUUCUACUGCCCCUACCUACCACCUUCUGUUUCCUUUACUAUUCAUCUCAAGGCCUGGAUUCAACAUGACGAACAAUGUAUUGGCAUAAAGCUGACUUUCUUGAUUAAGGAGCUCGCCACCUUUCUCUGUAAACAUCAGAAGGGACAGUCUUCCUUUUUUCCCCCCCAAAGAUCAUUUUGUUUGACCUUAAUCAUGUAUCAACCACAUACUGUGUUGCCUGCUGAAAAAAAAAAAAAAAGAAUGAAAGGAAUAAUGAAAACACCCUACUGGAACCCUCCGCUGAAGCAAGUGACAUUAGCCGGGACAGAGAGCGGGAGGGAGGAGAAGGGAAAAUGGAGAAAGCAUGCACUUUGAUGAAAAAUUAAACCCCAGCACUUCCAUUCAUUUUUCUAGGGCAGAGCUCCUGUGCCUUUUGAAGGAAAGGAGUGCUGAGAACACCCAACCCAAAGGAAAAUGAUUAAAGUUUCCAGCACCACAGCCUGAAGAUCUCAAAGUACUGGGGGAAAAUGGAGAAGACGGAACUUGACUAUUCUUUCAUAGGAUUGUUCUAUUCCCUGCUGUCAUUGGGGCCUAUCCUUUAGAGUCAGCUUUACCUAAUGUAAAAGUUUAUUUUUCAUUUUCUCAUUCUGGAGUGAAAUUGUCUGGCCACUAUGAGGGCUCCUAUUGGAUACUCUUGGUUUCAAGGUGUGCUGUUUGUAAAUGUUCAUAACUUUUUUUUUCUUUUGCUUCUCAAGCCAACAAGAAGUUAGAGAUUGAAUUUCCUUGGCUGCCUGAUCAAUAAUCCAUGCAUGAAGUCUGGUGCUAACAUGUAGUUUUAAUAUACAGGAGACUUAACUAAAAUAAGUAGGAUACAUAUAAUAUUUCUCUCUCAUCUUCAGUUUUACAUCUUAUUGGCUUUCAAGUGCUUGCUCUUCAUUUUAUCAGUGAGAUUGCUUUUCCACAAAGUAACAAAAAUCUCAAGCAUGUGCAAUGAAUAUAAAUUUCUAUGGAAGGCAUAAGAGAAUGGGUCAGUGGCACGGGGAAAAAAAAAACCAGGAAAUAGGCAUUUGAUAAUUAAGAUGAUGUUAAGUAAGACAAUCAAUAUCCUUAAGUGCUUUUAUAGAUUUUGUUUUUGUUUUUGUUUUUGCUUUUUCCAGAGAUUUUCUGUGAGGUAUGAAAUAUGUGAGUUUCCCAAAUUACAAGACAAAGUUGACAGUGCCACAUGACUAAAUGCACAGGCAGGGAGGGGUGACUUGUUAUAAGGGAGAGUCUGUUCUUAAGGAGGAAAUUUAAUGGGUUUGUGCACUGAUUCUCCAUACACAGAAGGAAAUCUUUCCUCAGCAGAAAGAUCAGAGUAUCCAGAAACAAAAUCAUUUCUCAAUACAUCAGUUUUCUCUAACUUCUAAGUCUUCAGUGUUGGGUAAUGUAUUCAUGGUCCUAAGAAAUCCAAAUUGCAUUUCAGUUUGGUACAAACUCUAGAAAUUAAUCCCCCUUCUUUAUGAUACUUCAGUUAUAAGCAAAUGAACUGGCAUAUUUAUGUAGAAAAGCCAAAGCCUUGGCCUUAGAGAGUUUGAUAUAUAUUCUGAUUUCAUUCUUUCAAAUGAACCUGCAACAAAAAAAUUUAGAGAAUGCUCAGUUCAGAAAAGCAAUCAGCCAGUGGAGGCAACAAUGGAGAGUGGAAGGAAUACUCACAGGGGUGGAAGCCAGGACUAGAGUCCCUGCUUAGCCAUUAACUUGUGUGACCUUGGGCAAGUCAACACCUCCUCCCUUUCUGAGCCUUGGUUUCCUUAUCUGUAAAAUGAGAUAGUUGGAAUAGGUAAUUUCAUGUUAAAAGGUUAAGAUUCUAACAAUAUGAGCAAUUUUAAAAGUCCUAGACUUCUGUUCAUAUCAAGUUUACAGGAGUUUGGAUGUGAACUCAAUUUAAGCUACUCUUCAGCUGAAAUCCCAGCUUUAAAGAAAUAACUAUUAACUACUUAAUAGGGGAAAUCUCCUUGUUGGGGAAAGCGUAGUUAAAUUAAAAUUCUUUGGCUUGAAUUUUCUUUGCAAUGUAAGGUAAUUAAAAAAAAAAGACUGUUUACUGAGACUGAAUAUACAGUAACAAUGGUGCUAUGUAAAUUGCAUCACCAGAUCAUGCAGUUUUUAUAAUGAAUUAGUCAGAACCCACAUAAUAAGUGCUUGACAGACUCUAUUUUUCAUGAAGUACUUCUUGUUGCAUCUAAGGACACGAAAAUUGUGCUUGUAAUGCUGACACAGUCAAUCAGCUCUUUUCAGAGGUAAGAUCAACACUGUCAUGAUGUUAAACCAAAUUAUCAGAGGGAAAUCAACCAUCUGGCAUGAAGUGUCUUCCAAUGGUGCUUCCAACUGAGAUUCUUGAAUAUAUGAACUCUGAUGUACUCUUCAAAGUUGAUCUGGCAGUUGGCUUCUAGUUUGCCAUGGUAGAGACCAAGGAGAGCUCAAUGGUGAUAGAGAAUCAUAGAGACUCAACUUCACCAUCGCAUGAUAUUUCCAUUUGCACAACCCAAAGUUAAUGUCUUGAGUUUCUGAGAACAGGCCUUGAUGAGACUUAUUCCCCUUUCACAUAUUAGAAAUGAAUGACAUCUCUAUUCAGAUCUCUUACCAGAGGGGUCAAUUCACACCAUUCUUUAGAGUCAGACUUACCUAAUGUAAAGCUUUGCUUAUAUGUAACCAUACAAUCAAUAUUUAUAUAUAUCUCCCAGUAACAGUGGGGAUCCCAAGAUGAAUACAUAAUUUCCUUUUUCUUUUAAACCAAAUAAAAGCAUUAAGAAAAAUAGCAAUGUUAAAGUGCUUCCAGUUAUAUUAAAUUAUUCAUGGUUUUGCCACUCAGUGUUUCUCAUGAUAACAUUAAUACCCAAAGAAAUCUCUCUGUAGAAAUAAGAAGUUCAUCUUGGAAGAGUUAAUAGCAUUUGGUGAGUAAUCUCAUCUCACUUUAUCUGGACAAUAGCCACAUUUGCACAGGAGGGAAUUCUCUCUUUCCUCAGUUAUCUAAAUGUUUUACCAAAGUGCCUUCCUGUCAUUGUAGCAAAGUCUCUCAACUUCAUUGUCCACAGGGUGAACAAAAUUAAUGCAUUUUCCAUCAAUCUUGUACCAUGUUCACAAAACAGGACUUUGGACUAACCAAAGAUUCUUGUCUGUCUUUCUUUUUCUCUUUUUAAAAAAGUUAUGUCUUCUUUUCUCCAACAUAAACUUAGCCACAGAUUGCAGGGUGGGCUUCCAUAAACAAUUGCACCAAAUACUUAACUACAGGAAACAAAACGAUCAGUCUUAAAACAUAAACAGGCAGAGGAAAAAAAGUGGAAUAGGAGCUGACAGUUAUCAGGAAAGUAGUGUCAGAUACAAAUGAUAGGAAGAAAGUUUGCCAAGAGAGUAAUUGUUCAUGAAAUAUUUUCAGUACAGAAAGAAGCAGUAUAACUUCUCAGAAGGGACAGGACUAUAGGACCUGAAGAGCAGGAAUGGGAGGGGUCUAUUGCAUGUGGAUAGAAAGAAUGUAGUCAAGUCAAGGUUUGCACUUGCUUUAUCAGACUUUGUAAAUAUGUAAUCAUUUCCAUUCUUCUGAUACAAAUGUACCAUUUUUCUGAAUGUAGGAUAUUUCCAAAGAUAGCACUAUUAUUCUGUAUUGUAUAAAAAUGCUGCUGCUUAAUAAUAUAUCUAAGACAGUUCUCAAAAUUAGCCAGCAUGUUAUUAAAAUUUUAUUUUGUUAUCUGUAUUUUUUUAAAGUUCCUGUGCCUUUAUCCACCCUUUUCCUCCAAUAUUACACCCCUUUUGGGUUAGAAAUAUUUAUAAAUGUUGGGAGAUUUAUCAAGUAUCUUAUUUUUUCUACAUAAUUGUUAGUGAAUUUUUUCCUAUGAGAAAUAAUUUUGAUUAUUGGAUAAAUAUUCCAAAUAUUCAGAACCUGAUUUUUCAGUCACCACCCCUCUCUCUUCUGGAAGAGAGCAUUUUCACAGAACAUAGGAGAAUAGCAACUUUUUCGUCCUUACAAGCGAUAAUAAAUUCAGCCUGGGAUUAGGAUGUCAUCAUGAUCUCAGCUGUUUAGAGUUUUGCUUCCAGUUCUCAGGAAGAUAUGUCAAUGGUAGGAUGAAUAUUUUGUGCUCUUUGAUGAUAGAGAAAAUUAUAUUUACAAAGUGUCUACAUUUUGAGGGGAACCCCCAAAACAAAACAACCUGGGGAUAUAGACUUAAUGCUUCCAUUUUCACAACGGAUUUCAGAAAGAAUUAAAAAUGACUUAACUGGAAUAAAACAAGGCAUUGGCUGAGCAUGAGCUGCUGGUGUGGACAAUUAAAAGAGGCCACGAGGAUGUCCAAAGCCUUCCUAGUGUAAAUAUAACUUAGAAGGACUAUUUGUGUUAGUCCUCUGUAAGGGACAGGGGAUAAUUUAUAUUGAUCUCAGAGAUCUGUUUGUCUUGAGAUUGAAGCACUGGGCAGUUCAGGAACUAUUGAGUCCUAGCAUUAAUAAUACUCUACUUUGUAGGACUGGGGUAAGGCUGAAUUUAUCUUAAUUUCAAAUUGAAAAACAUUUUAUAAGUGCUUAUAAGGUCCUCUUAAAAUUGCUAUAGUCAAUUUAAAUUUUUAAGGAGUGUCCUGUAACUUCCUUGAGUUAACAAACCUCCCUGAUACUGAAAGAUUGUUGUCUGUGGCCUUCUUUAGCAAGGAGAAAAAGGCAGAAUUUCAAGGUCAGGUGCCACAGAUCUAAAUUAACCAACAUUCACAGAAUAUUUUCACCUGCAAAUGGUUUAAAACAUAGAUUGUUAAUAUUCUAUGAUCCCAGUUUUAGCAGUGAAUCCAAAAAGCUAUUUUUCUCUUUUAUAUCAUAGGAGACCUAAGGUUAUUAUAGAUGUCAGACUCUACUGAUGCAGCAGUGUAAACUCUGCUUGUGUAUUUCCCCAGCCAAUUGUGCCUAACCAACCUUACAGAAAAUGAAAAAACAAAGCUACAAGCUGAUUGUGGAAACAGGUCCAAGGGGCUACUGAGAUACUUCUGGAGACAUCGGAGGUUUCCCCAGAACUUGACCACCCUCUUCCUUUCUUGGCCAGACAAGGCAAUAACUGGGAAAAUCCAAUCCAGCUAUUUAUGUGGUUUUCACUUGACCAGAAUGAUCUUGUUUACAUAUCAGGGCUGGCCACCAUAGAUGGUAUAUAGUGAUAUAUCUGUGUUCACCAGCUACAGUUCUGAAUUUGACUAUCAGAGCUAUUGUCCAAAGGGUUUUUUUAUUCUGUGGUCCACAUAACAGUCUUCUCCUACCACAAUUUUACUCAUGGGUAAAACAUUCCCAGUUUGGACCUGCCAAAUAACAGCCUCUGUAGAUUUAUUUAAUACUGGUCUUCUAAAAGUUCUCCAGAAGCGCUGCCUUUUUGAAGUACUAAGGAAAGACUAAAGUUUGGAAAAUGCUAACUUUUCAAAGGGGUUCCAAUCUGCCACAUUCCUAUGCAAAAUAUUUUUUAACCUCCAAUAUAAUGUAGUUUAUUUUUGCUAUCUGUAAAAUAUUUUUAUAUAGCUUGUAUUGUGAUAGUUUGGCAAUAAAACAAAAGAUAACUGCUAUUGUGAGUGGUCUGUGCAUUUCUCUUUCUCUUUCACUUUUUUUUCCUCUUGCAACCUGACUCAAAAGGGGACAUUUACCUCUGAGUUGACAAACUCUGGUUUACCUCUGGUAUUGGCAAAGAAGUGACUAAUGGUGUUUUCAUAUGUUUAUUAUCCCUUAGUAAAAUUGGCAGUUUUAUCCUAGAGAAUUAAGACAAAUUUCAGUUCAAGCUAAAUUUAUUUUACAUUUUUCAAUCUCCUGGAUAACUUAAUUGUACUCUUGAGAGUUUCUAUACUGCUGUAGAAUGACAGUGCCCUGCAAAUGGUGACACUAGCUAAGCUUUUGCCUAAAAUAAAAUUUUAUGGAAAGCAUAUUGUUCAAUCCCUAAGCAAGCAUAAAUCCUAGAAGUGAUCUUUUAGCCUGUUCUUAAAUGAAUACUUAUAGAGCAACUGGAAAGUCACCAGUAAUAAUAGCAACAACAAACAUUUGCAUAGUGCUUUAAGCUUUACACUAAGUAAAUGUACUAAUAUCAUCUCCAUUUUAUAGCUAACACAAUUGCAGCAGUUAAGUGACUUGUCUCAGGUCACUUAGUAAGGAUUUGAGACCAGAUUUGAUUUUUGCUUUUUCUGAUUCCAGGUUUAGCCACUUUUAUACCUAGCUCCAAGGUACGACAUUCCACUGUUGGAAAGCUUUAAAUUAUUUGGUAGUUUUUUUUCUUAUUAUUGUAUCUAAAUAUUGUGUCCCUCUCUAAUUUCUAUCUUUUAGUCCCUAAGUCCAACACCAUACAUCAUCCUCUUUGCUUGGCCGAAUUGCUGAUUUCAAAUAGAUACCCCCACUGAGGCAGAAUUGGUAAAGUAGCAAGUGAAUUGGAUUUGGAGUUGGGAGAUCAUGAUUCAAGUUCUGACUCUACUAUUUUAUUCCAUUUCAGAAUGUUGGCAUGUCUCUUAAAUUGAACUUCAGUUUCUUUCUGUACAAAAUGAGAGUAUUGGAUAACAUGACUUCUAAAAUGCUUUCAGCCCUAACCUUAUAAUCUGAUGAUCUGUUAUUGGCCUUCAAGUUUCUAUAAUAUUUGGGCUAGUUAGUUCAAGUUGUAAAGUAUACCCCCCAACUCCCAUCCACAAAAACCAGUCAAGUUUGAAUGGGGGGAAAAAUGUCACUUCCAUUGCUAUACAAUAUCCCCAAGUCUUUCAUACAUCAUUAAAGAGCUGAAAAAUGUGAGGCAAGUGACCUUCCUCACUUAAAUCCAACUCGCUUGUAUAUCAUGGCAUCACCUUUCUGAUAUCAUGAUUCUCUUUUUGAAAGAACAAACAAUAGACUCAGAGAUUCGAUCCUAUCAUUUGUUAAAGGGAAAAACUACGGCUCAGAGUAGGGUAGGAAUUUACCCAACUUACAAAUCAUUGCCAUUUUGGUUUCAAGAGGCACAAAGUGAGAAAGUCUUUCAAGAUGAAAAGCUACAAAUCAAUCUGAACUGUGUCCAUGUGUAACCUCUGCUUACCAUCAGGCAUAGCACAUAGGACUUUGGUUCGGAUUUAUGAUUUUCCCAAAGCAAAGAAAUCCCUGGAAUAGAUGCUAUCUUCAAGAAUGUAGCUGAGCUGAUCCCUUUUAGGAAGCUAAGUCAAGGACAUACUAAAUGACUUCUCAAAAGUCAUGUAGUUUAGUAUGUGUUGGAGGUACAACUUGAAUCCAGGUCUUUCCUGUUUUUUGCCACACUGCCUUUCAUUAGACCUAGUAUAUACUUUAAAAAGUUUGUUCAAGUUAUUAUUAAAU